AUGGUUUAUCAGAUGAAGGACCCGAUGGAACUAUCCUCGUGUGCGGUAGGUGUACGUAAACCACGGACGAAAAGCACCCAAAUUUGCACUCCGAGCCAAGACCAUCUGCCCGCCGGCCAACCAUCAGUGUACGGUAGCGUUGGACCGGUCAGACCGCGCAAACAGCAAGAUCCGACGGUACAGACGGAAUUUUCAAACCUUUCGCGCGAAGAACGGCGUAGACGGCGGCGGGCCACACUCAAGUACCGUACGGCACACGCGACCCGGGAAAGGAUCCGCGUCGAAGCGUUUAACGUGGCGUUUUCCGAGCUGAGAAAACUGCUUCCGACGCUGCCGCCGGACAAGAAGCUGUCGAAGAUCGAGAUACUGAAGCUGGCGAUCUGUUACAUUUCCUAUCUGAAUCACGUGCUGGACGCUUGA